AUGCCGUUGAGUUUUUCAAAACUAAAGGGUAUGCUAUGCAUCCCUGAAAGCUCUGAAAGUAACUCAAAGGAUGUAGGAAAUAAGUCAGCCCGUGAGUCUCAGCCUGACAAGACACCAGUCGUCCAAGAACGACCCCGUACGAGCGACUCCAGCAGCUCCCGAUCGACAAGUGAAACGAGAAGAUCGGAUCGUAUCUUGGAUGUGCUGAAGACUUUCGACUUAAGGAACCUCAGGACUAUCAAAGAUGUCGCCCUACAGCAAAUUGAUGGCGAACCUAUCGACGACAAGACGUAUCUUAUGGAACGAAUUAUCCAGCUGGUGGCGGACCUUCCCAUCUCCAGCAGAACCAGCGCUACUCUUACCAAUGCGUUCCUGAACCAGCUGUGGACAGACCUGAAACAUCCGCCUCAGUCAUAUUUGGGAGCCGAUUACAUUUAUCGCAAGGCGGACGGAACCAACAACAAUAUUCUCUGGCCGCAUCUUGGGGCUGCAAAACAGCCCUACGCGCGAACAGUCCGUCCCAGACUGAUGCAGCCCGUUGCCCGGCCAGACCCUGGAGUCAUCUUUGAUAGCCUUCUGGCUCGCAAGAAGUUCAGGCCACAUCCAAACAAGAUAUCGAGCGUACUCUUUUAUGUGGCCUCGAUCAUCAUUCACGACAUUUUUCACACAAACCAUGACGACUACAGCAUCUCAGAUACUUCCUCAUACCUGGAUCUGGCUCCUCUCUACGGCAAUUCAGAGAAAGAACAGGAGGGUGUCCGAACUAUGUGUGAGGGGAAACUGAAACCUGAUUGUUUCUCAGACAUGCGGAUUCUUGGAUUUCCUCCUGGCGUCGGUGUCCUCCUCAUAAUGUUCAAUCGCUUUCACAAUCAUGUAGCAGAGAAUCUUGCUCGCAUCGACGAGAAUGGCCGCUUCUCUAGGAUUCUCAAUCCACAGGGAAAGCCAAGGCCGCCCAAUGCCGAAAAGCUUUAUGACGAAGCGUUGUUCCAGACGGCCAAGCUGAUCACUACGGGGCUCUAUGUCAACAUCAUCCUGAAGGACUACGUGAGGACGAUCUUGAACCUGAACCGGGUAGACUCGUUGUGGAACCUCGACCCGAGAUCUGAAGAAGGAAAUGCCAUUUUUGGCCACAAGAUUCCGGAAGCGACUGGCAAUUCUGUCUCGGCCGAGUUCAACCUUGUCUACCGGUGGCACUCAUGCGUCUCUGAAAGGGACGAACAGUGGACCAAGGAGGCUUACACCAAACUAUUCGGGCAUCAAUCCUCGCUGUCCAUGGGCCAAUUCCUGGGCGCACUCAAUGAAUGGGCCAAGAAAUUAAGCCCAGAUCCCCUCAAGAGAGAUUUCGCCGGGCUGAGGCGCCAACCCGACGAUAAGUAUCCUGACGAGGAAUUGGCAGAUAUCUGGACUGCAUCUGUCUCGGACGUCGCGGGUAGCUAUGGAGCUGUCCACGUGCCUGAGGUCCUCAAGAACGUGGAAGUGCUGGGAAUCAUUCAAAGUCGGUCUUGGAAUCUCGCAAGUCUGAAUGAGUUUCGAGAAUACUUCAAGCUUGAACCUCACAAGAAAUUUGAAGAUAUCAAUCCCGACCCCUUCAUCGCUGAGCAGCUGCGUCGGCUCUACGGUCAUCCAGACAAUGUUGAAAUAUACCCCGGCAUAGUAGUCGAGGCAGCCAAGGAGCCGAAACUCCCCGGCAGCGGCUUGUGUACAAACUUCACAACCUCACGAGCGAUCCUCUCGGACGCAGUUGCUCUGGUUCGAGGUGACCGUUUCUACACCAUUGACUAUACCCCAGCCAAUCUAACAAACUGGGGAUUCAAGCAGGCGGAUUAUGACCUUGCCAUCAACAGCGGCUGUGUGUUUUACAAAUUGGUGCUGACUGCGUUGCCAAACAGCUAUCGACAGAACUCAGUGUAUGCACACUACCCGCUGGUAGUGCCAGAUGAAAACAAGGCCAUCUUGACCAAGUUGAAAAAGGCUGAUCUGUACGACUUUGACAAGCCAACUAACCUUCCUGCGACCCGAGCAGUUCGCUCUGCCGAAGCCUGCAGGACUGUCACAGGCAGUGAGUCUGGCUUCCGCUCACCAUGGAAUGUGCAACUCUUCUCUGGUCCGGUGCUUCAGCAAAAUCCGGGAAGAGAAUCGAUUGUUGCCCACAAGCUGCUUCAAAGUGAAGGACUGCCGGCCGCCGCGGAGAUCUUCUACAAGGACGUAAUCACGAUUCUACUCCAGACGAAUGAGUAUCAGCUUGCAGGCUGUCACCAGGUCGAUAUCGUUAGGGACGUUUUGAACAUUGCUCAUGCGCAGUUCGCUGCGAAUCUAUUCCUUCUCCCGCUGCAGGCGAGGGGGAAGUCUCACGAGAAAUUUGACGAACAGGAUGUUAUUUCCCUUCUUUCCGCCAUAUAUGGCUGUGCACAUGUGGAGCAUCCUGCGCGGCGGUUUGCUAUCGUCAAAAAGAAACAAAAGGCGAUUUUGCAGCUCGCAGCACGACUGCAGGAAGAUGUAGGAAACGGCAUCAAGGGUAACUUCAGUUUACACUCACACUCGCCUGUGGAGCUUCGGAGCCUUGGGGCGCAGGUGCUUCAAGAAGUCUCGAAGAGUGGACUAUCCCCCACCGACAUCGUGUGGUCUCAACUUCUCCCGCUAGCAGCUUGGGUUUUUGUCAAUCAGUCGCGCGUCUUUGCCGAGGUUCUUGACAACGUUCUCGGCCAGAAUGAUAAGAAGAUGGAUAUCGGAGAACUGAAGCAGAUGCUGGAACAAGAGGGCUCGUCAUCAACCAAGGUUCAGUCCUACUUUCGCGAAAUCUGCAGGCUACAGCCAUCGACGCCCAUAUUCAGAGAGGCCACAUCACCACAAACCGUAAUUGAUGGCAGCGAACAGAUCCACGUAUCUGCGGGGCAGCGUAUUCUCUGUGACACAGACAGGACUGCGGCGAACCGUGACAGCACCGGGCUAUCUGGUGCUGGUCCAAGCCAGUCCGAAGAUCCGCUUACCCCAUUUGGUGCUGAGGUAUCUCUUGGAGCUCGACUGAGUCUUGCAACGUUGGGAUCUACCAUGUCCGUCCUCUGCGGACUUAAAAAGUUGGGUAGAGCUGUAGGGCCAACGGGCCAGCUCAGGCGACUGACCGAGGGCGACGUGGUGAAUUACCUAAAUGUCGAAGAGAGUAUGGUGCAAUCGUACCCAGCAUCCUUGACCAUCAAAUGGGAAGGAUGA